AUGCAGCCUGUUCAUACAAAGUCCAUCAGUGAAUAUGAGAAAACAUUUGAUGUCAAUGUCAAGCCAAUAUUUCUAAGCGCAAAAAUAUUUGCUCCCUAUAUGAUGGCUCAAGGACACGGCGCUUUUAUUAAUAUCACAAGUACGGGAUGCACAAGGCCUCGACCGGGCUUCGCUAUCUACAAUGCUUCAAAGGCAGCCGUCACAGGAUUUACCAAAACAAUGGCCCUUGAAUAUGCUCCAACAAUUCGUUUCAAUUGCAUUGCUCCGGCAGUCGGUAAUACCUCAAUGCUAAGAUCCUCAAUUGGAAUUGGGGAGGGAGCAAAAGAGAAGCUCCAUGAGGUGGAAGCUUCUUUGCCAAUGAAAAGAGUUACACAACCUAAAGAUAUUGCAAAUGCCGCAUGGUAUCUAGGGUCAGAUGAAAGCUCAUUUGUCACGGGUACUACGCUUGAAGUGGAUGGAGGUCGCGGAGUGUGA